AUGGGGUCCACCGUUCCCAAUCUCGACGAUGACAUCGCCAUCAUCGGCAUGGCCUGCCGCUUCCCCGGCGACGCCACGAGUCCCUCAAAACUGUGGGAUUUGCUGAUGGAUGGCAAGUCCGCCUGGUCGGAAGUCCCAGCAACGAGAUGGAACCAGGAUGCACAUUACCAUCCGUCGCAGGAGCGCGCGGGGAGUAACAUAGUGAAGGGCGGGCAUUUCCUGCGCGACGGCGAGCAGAAUGGCAAGCAGUUCGACGCGGCCUUCUUCAACAUCACCCGCACAGAGACAGAGACGAUGGAUCUUCAGCAGCGGGUAGUCAUGGAAAAUGUCUACGAGGCAAUGGAGAGCGCCGGCCUCCGGCUCGAGGACAUGAAAGGCAGCAACACAAGCGUAUUCGCGGGACAGUUCACCGACGACGUACGUUCCAUCCUGCAAGAGGAUCCGGACUUGUCAGUCAAAUACAAACCGAUCGGCACCAGCGCGGCCAUCCUCGCAGCGCGAGUAAGCUGGUUCUACGACCUGAGAGGCAGCAGCUUCACGCUCGACACGGCAUGCUCGAGCAGUAUCGUAGCGUUGCACACAGGAGCCCAAGACCUGCGGGCCGGGUUCAGCGAUAUGUCCAUCAUCACCGGCGUCAACAUAAUUGAGUCCCCCGAAUUCAUGUUCCGCGCCAGCGGGCUCGGCAUGGUGUCUCCCGACGGCAAGUGCUUCUCGCUCGACGCGCGGGCCAACGGCUACGGCCGCGGCGAGGGGGUGGGCACGCUGAUCCUCAAGCCCGUGUCGGCGGCCAUCCGCGACGGCAACGUGAUCCGCGCCGUGCUGCGCGGCACGGGGGCCAACUCGGACGGCCGCGGCACGGGCGGCAUCACGCUGCCCAGCAGGGCGGCCCAGGAGCGCCUCAUACGCGACGUGUACGCCCGCAACGACCUCGACCCGGACCACACCGGCUUCCUCGAGGGCCACUUCACAGGCACGCCGGCCGGCGACCCAAUUGAGGCCAGCGCCAUUGCGGCUGUGUUCCAGCGCGGGGGGCCGAAAGCGACGGGCAGGCCGCCGCUGUAUGUGGGCGCUGUCAAGACGAAUAUUGGCCAUCUGGAGGCGGCGUCCGGUAUGUCCCAAGUGAUCAAGACGGUUUUGGUGCUGGAAAAUGGUGUGAUACCGCCCAACACCAACUUUGAGAAGAUUAACCCCAGGAUACCGAUCGACAGAUGGGGCCUCAAGCUGCCUCUGACCCCGACACCAUUCGAGGCAGGGCCCUCGGGGAUCCGGCGGGCGAGUAUCAACAGUUUCGGGUUUGGAGGCACAAACGCCCACUUGGUGCUGGACGAUGCGAGAAGCUAUCUAGACAGGUUAGGUCUGGGUGAGAGCAGCCACCUACAUGUAACAAAAUCGAGCACGCCAGCACUCGCGAGCCCCAGGAAGGACGAGAGUUCGCAAGCCGUGGCAGGCCACAAAAUCUUCUUGUUCUCUGCCAACGAACAAGAGGGCAUCUCGCGAGUCCUCGCCAGCUUCGCAAAGCACCUGCAGAAGCAGACGGCAGAGAACGGAACCUCGAUAGUGGACGACACAUACCUCUCCAGCCUCGCCACGACACUCUCAGAACGGCGCUCACGCCUAGCCUGGCGCCUCGCCGUCACCGCCGACUCAGCCACGUCCCUCCUUGCCGCGCUCACCGAUCCCACCACCAGCACCAGUGCCGUCCGACCCGGCAAGGCCACCACGCCCGCCGCAGCCUUCAUUUUCACCGGCCAAGGCGCACAGUGGUUCGCCAUGGGCCGCGAGCUACUCGCCUACGAUGUCUUCCGCGCGAGCGUCGCCGAGGCCGACAAGUUCAUCGGCAGCACGCUCGGCGGCGGCUUCAGCGUGCUAGAGGAGCUCACGCAGCGUGACGCGGAGACCACCAAGAUCGACCAGCCCCUGUACUCGCAGACGCUGUGCACCGUCCUGCAGGUCGCCCUGGUCGAUCUGCUGGCGAGCUGGAACCUGGCGCCGAAGCGCGUGAUUGGGCACUCGAGCGGUGAGAUCGGGGCCGCGUACGCGGCGGGCGCCCUGGACCGCGAGUCGGCGUGGAAGGUCGCGUACUACCGUGGCGUCGUCAGCGCAAAGCCCGCGGCCGACAACAUCCGCGGCGCCAUGAUGGCCAUCGGGUGCACCGCGGACGAGGUUGCGCUACUCAUCGCCGAGGUCAAGGCGAGGCUCGGCGCCGACGCCGACGGGGAGCUGGUAAUUGCCUGCUACAACUCGCCCCACAGCCUCACCAUCUCGGGAGACGAGGCCAAGGUCGACGCGCUGGUCGAGGCCGCGAGCAGCAAGAAGCUCUUCGCGCGGAAGCUGCGCGUGGCCAAGGCGUACCACUCGCGGCACAUGGUUCCCGUGUCCGACGAGUACCGCUCGCUAAUGGGCACACUCCACGCACGAGAACUGCCGUCGGAUGUGCAGGUCGUGUCCUCGGUAACGGGUGGUCUGAUAGCCGCGAGCGAGAUGACCAACCCCGACUACUGGGUGCAGAACCUCGUCUCCCCAGUCCAGUUCUCUCAGGCGCUGGUGGCCCUGUGCACCUCCAACGUCGCCAAGAAGCAGCUCAAGGUGGGCGGCGGCGCCGAGCUGCCCGUGUCGCACCUGGUCGAGGUCGGCCCGCACGGCGCGCUGCAGGCGGCCGCGCGCGACGCCGUGCUCGAGGACCCCAACUACAAGGCCCUGCGCUAUGUGUCCCUCUUGACCCGCGGGAAGCACGCCUGUGCCACUGCGCUGCACACAGUCGGCGCCCUGGCUGCGGCGGGCCUGCCGAUCGACCUCCCCAAGGUCAACGGCGCCGGCGGCAGCAGCAGCAGCAGCAAGGCGGCCAUGCUGGUGGACUUGCCGCCGUACCCCUUCCACCACGCAAAGGAGACAUAUUCGUGGUUGGAAUCCCGCAGCAGCCGCGCGUGGCGUUUCCGCAAGCAUGCCCGGCACGACGUCCUCGGCGCCCCCGUGCGUGACUGGGACCCGGACGCCCCGAGGUGGCGCAACCACCUGCGCGUGCCCGAGGUCCCGUGGCUCCGGGACCACAAGGUCACGGACAGCAUCGUCGUGGCCGGCGUGACGUACCUGGUGAUGGCGAUCGAGGCCGUGCGGCAGCUGUACAGCGACAAGGGCGAGGUGCCGCUGGGCUUCAACCUGCGCGACGUGAGCAUCUCGCGGGCGCUGCAGGUCAGCGAGGACGAGCACACCGAGACUAUGUUCUCGAUGAGGCGCGUCACCGAGUCGCGGCAGUCGGACAGCAGCUUGUGGUGGGAGUGGAAGGUCACGUCGUUCAGCGCCCACGACGACACCUGGCUGGAGCACAGCCGCGGACAGAUCGCCGCCGAGACCGACGCCUCCACCACCACGGGCGUGAUCGACGGCGGGCGCGAGGAGACAGCGCGACGCCACCACUACAGCGAGCUCCUGUCUACCGUGACGCAGGCCUGCACCGCGCCGCAGACCGAGGCCCUCGCGAGCAAGUAUGCGGAGCUCGAGCGCAUCGGCCUCGGGUUCGGGCCCAUGUUCCGCAACAUCACCAGCGUGCACUCUAACAGCAACAGCGACAGCGACAGCAAGACGCGCGGCCAGUCGCUCGCCACCGUCCGCGUCCCCGACCUCGCCACCGCGAUGCCGGCGAACGCGCUCGCCGCCUCCGUGGUCCACCCGCCCGUGUUCGACAGCAUCCUGCACACCUUCAUCUUCGCGCUGCAGGCCUCGGCCGAGCGCCUGACGGAGCCCAUGGUGCCCGUCGCGAUGCGCAGCGUGUGGGUCAGCGCCGGCAUCGAGGCCCAGCCCGGCGCGGAGCUGACCGUGCACGCCGCGGCCGGCCGCGUCGGCCACAAGCGGGUCGAGGCGGACAUCACAGCCUGGAGCACCGACGCCGGGGCCUCGAGGCCGGUAAGGGUCGUGAUGCGCGGCAUCGAGGCCGUGCCGCUGCAGGAGAGCACCACGGCGGGGGACGCGGCCGGCGACGCGCGGGAGAUCUGCUUCAACCUGGACUGGAAGCCGGACGUGGACAUCCUGGAGGCGAACGGCGAGGCGGAGGCUUGCAUACGCCAGGCCCUGCGGCCACUGGAGACGCCAGCGCUCGAGGAGGCCGCUGUGAAGCAGCUCGGGGACGUGCAGCUGGCGUGCGCUAUCUGGAUCAUCGCGGCUGUCAAGGAGCUCGAGGCGCGGCCGCUUGCAGACGAGAAGGCGUUGCCAGAACACUUGCAGAAAUAUCUAGGUUGGCUGCGCCUGAUCGCCGAUCAUUACAAGAACAACAAGGUGCUCCGCCAGGACGCCUCGUGGACGGCUGUUGUGGAAGACGCCGCUGCACGCGACAAAUUCCUUGCCGAGUACGAGGCGUCAGGCCACCCCGAGGCCGUGAUAAUUUGCCGAAUGGGGCGUGACAUUGCACCCAUCCUCCGCGGCGACGUGGACGGACUACACCUGCUGUUCGGCAUGGAUGACAUGCUCGAGCGCGUCUACCGCGUCGCCAUAGGAACCCAGAAGAUCCACACCCUGAUGGGAGCGUAUGCCCGGACGCUGAGCCACAAGCGGGGCGCAGACCUCAAGGUGCUCGAGAUUGGUGCCGGAACGGGUGGGACGACGACCAGUAUCCUCGAGGCCAUCUGCCCGACAGGAUCCAGGAUCAUCGGGGACUCGCGCCUGCUGAAGUAUACGUACACGGACAUCAGCCCGAGCUUCUUCGAAACCGCUGCCACCAAGUUCGGCAAGUGGAAGGCUGGCGGCGUGAUCGAGUUCAAGACAUUGGAUAUUGAUAGGGACGUUGAAGAGCAGGGCUUCGACCUGGCCUCGUACGACCUUAUCAUCGCAGCAAACUGUCUUCACGCGACCUCGGACAUCACCAAGACUAUGACCCGCGUCAACAGCCUGCUGAAACCCAGCGGAAAGGUCUUCCUCCAGGAGACCACCGAGCUCUGGUGCCUCGAGUCCCCCCUGGUAUUCGGCAUGCUUGCAGGCUGGUGGGCAGGUAAAGAGGAUUUCCGCCCCUGGGGCCCACUGCUGGACGGAAAAGGGUGGCAGCGAGUGCUGCGCGAUGCCGGCUUCACCGAGAACGUCCUGGAGCUCCGGGACUCGCUGAGCGAUGAGCAGCACGUGCAGAGCAUGAUUGUGGCGACGCGGCCGGCGGAGGAAGAGGCUGGCAAGCAGCUCGACGAGGACGACGCCAUCAGCCGGGUGUUUGUGAUUGCGCACACGCCGCCCGAGGACGCCGCCCUGGCUGCGGCUGUGGCUUCUGCUGUUGGGGAGGUCACCAAGCACAGCGUGAGCGUCGUCCGAUUCGCCGACCUGGCCCAGCACAAGCUGAAGAACACAUGCUGUAUCGUGACGAUGGAGACCACCGCGCCCUUCCUCUCGUCGUCGUUUAGCGAGGCCGAGUUUGGGCUGCUGCGCCAGCUAUUGACCACAGCUGGAGGCCUGCUGUGGCUCACGCUCGAUCCACACGAGAACCCACGCAUGGCGCUGAUACCAGGCCUGCUUCGCACCGUGCGCUGGGAGAGAGACCUGGACGGCUCGGACCUGUUGCUUCUGCAUCUGCCCUCUGCCGAGGCCUCGCUUGUUGUCUCCAACGUUGUCAAGAUCUUCAAGCACCAUUUCGGCGGAGCUUUCCUGUCGCCAGAUCGCCAUGCCGACUACCUUGUCGGCGCAGUCGGCGGUCCUGAUGGCGGCUUCGUCCAGACGGCCCGAAUCGUCGCUGCUCCCCCCGUCAACGACUUCAUCGCAAAGAGGACGACCGUGCUCCAGCCUCAGCUGCAGGCGCUUGGUGCUGACCCAGAUCGCAGCCUGAAGCUCCACACCUCGGGGCCGGGACGUUUGGACAAGCUGCAUUUCAUUGACUGGCCGGGCGCGCAGCAGCCUCUCAAGGCCGACGAGGUCCAGGUAGACGUCAAGGCGGCGGGCCUGAACUUCCGCGACGUCAUGGUGGCCAUGGGCGAGUUGGUGAACAACAUUCUCGGCUACGAGGGCGCCGGUGUUGUCACUCACGUCGGUGCUGAGGUGACGGAUGUCAAGGUCGGCGACCGUGUCAUCUUUGUCUUUAAUGGCGACAACAACUGCCUCCAAACCCGCACGAGGGUGCCCCAGGAUCUCUUGGCCAAGAUCCCGGAUAGCAUGUCGUUGGAAGAGGCCGCCAGCAUUCCCGUCGUGUUCGUGACGGCGUACUUCUGCCUCUACGAGGUGGCGCGUCUUAAAGCUUGCGAGACUAUCCUCGUCCACGCCGCAGCGGGCGGCACAGGCCAGGCCGUGAUCCAGCUGGCCAAGCACCUGGGCGCCGAGGUCUACGCGACCGUGUCGUCGCGCGAGAAGAGGAAGCUUCUGAUGGACGAGUACGGGCUUGCCGAGGAUCACAUCUUUAGCAGCCGUGACUUGUCCUUUGCAGACGGCAUUAUGCGGAUGACCGAGGGUAAGGGCGUUGACGUGAUCGUGAACUCCCUCUCGGGCGAAGCACUGCGCGCAUCCUUCAACUGUUUGGCCAUGUUCGGGCGGUUCAUCGAGAUUGGUAAACGCGAUAUCAUGGCCAACGGCAAGAUCGACAUGCUCCCCUUCAGCCGAUGCGCCACAUUCACCGCGGUCGACCUCGCCCAGAUAGCCACAAUGGCGCGCCCGCUGGCCUCCCGCAUGAUGCGCUCCGUCAUCGACCUGCACGCCACCGGCAAGCUCCACGCCUGCAGGCCGCUCAACGUGCACAGGUUUGGCGAGAUCGAAGACGCCUUCCGCAUCCUCCAGCAGGGCAAGCACAUGGGCAAGCUCGUCCUGACCACGCACCCCGAGGACCUCGUCAAGGUGACCCCCAAGCCGCCCGCGCCCACGCGCCUGCGGCCCGAUGCGACGUACCUGCUGCCCGGCGGCGCGGGCGGGCUCGGGCGGUCCAUCGCCAAGUGGAUGGCACAGCCGGCGCAGGGCGCCAAGAACCUGGUGUUCCUCUCGCGCGGAGGCGCCGACGCCGCGACGACGCGCGAGCUGCUCGCCGAGCUGGCCGCCCUGGGCGUGCGGGCGGAGGCACUGAAGUGCAACGUCGGCGACGAGGCGCAGCUGGUGGCGGCGCUGGCCGAGGUGACGCGCCUGGGCUUCCCCCGGAUCGCAGGCGUCAUCCAGGGGGCGAUGCAGUUGCGCGACUCGGCGUUUGAGUUCAUGUCGCACGCACAAUGGGAAGAGUGUCUGGGCCCCAAGGUGCAGGGCACGUGGAACCUGCAUAAGCACCUGCCCGCCGACAUGGACUUCUUCGUAAUGCUGGGUAGCGUUGCAGGGCUGGUCGGCAACCGGGGCCAGUCCAACUACGCGGCGGGUAAUACGUUCCAGGAUGCGCUUGCUAUACACCGACGCGCGCAGGGGCUAGCGGCGACAUGUAUCGACCUGUGCAAUAUUAUGAGCGUGGGCUUUGUCGCCGAGAACCAGGAGACGCUCAACAAGAACCCGCUAUUCUUCUUCGCGCACGACGGCAUCCGCGAGGACGAGUUCCUCAGCUUGGUCGAGUUCCACCUCGACGCGGAGCGCGCGGGCCGCUGGGGCCAGCCGCAGAUCGGCGUGGGCCUGGCUCCGCUGUCCGUGUUCAAGGAGCGCGGGCUGCCCGAGCCGACCUUCAUCAAGUCGCCGCUGUUUCGGCAGCUGCGGUCGGCGAGCGACGAGUCGGGCGGCGCGGCUAGUGGCGCAGCGGAUCAGGAUGGCGGCGUGUCGGUGACGAAUGCGCUCAAGUUUGCCGAGAGCCCGGAGGCGGCGGCGGAGGUGAUCUGCGAUGCGCUGGUCAAGAGGCUGAGUCGCACGAUGCGGAUUCCGGAGCCAGAUAUUGACGUUGGCAAGCCGAUUCACGUCUAUGGCGUGGACUCGCUGGUGGCUAUGGAGAUCAGGAACUAUCUUGCUAGUGAAUGUGGGUCAGAGAUUUCCGUGUUGGAGAUCAUGGGCAAUAAGAGCAUGGAGGUUUUGAGUGGUGACAUCGCUAAAGGAAGCAAGUUUGUACGAGUUAUAAGCAAGCCCGAGCAAGCAUGA